CCUAGUGCGAUAACCGAACCUCGAUUUUGAAUCCUUUGGUGGUGGGGUUUAAAUUUUUACUCUGCUUCGACGACGACUCCGAGCAAAAUUUCAGCAUCAUGAGCGCCUUUCAAAACGGCGGCAUCGCAUCGCGAGCCUUGGACGAUGACUCCGAUAUUGAGGAGGAGGCUCUUGCCAACGACUAUAAAGAACAGGUUCAAUAUGAAGGUAUGGAAGAGUUGGAGCAGGUCAACUCGAUGAGCAUGGCACAACAGACGGAUGAUAUUCAGUCGAGACUUGCUGCUGCUGCACAACCCUUGGACUUUUCUGCUCCUUUGGAAGUCAAGUUUGCAAGCUACGAUAAUUAUUGUAGUUUGUUUCACUUCAUUUUGAACUCUGACGGACCAGUUGACCUCGAACCACCAUCGUACUACUGGGCUUGGGAUGUCAUCGACGAGUUCAUCUACCAGUUCAACUCUUUCUGCUCGUACAGAAAUCGUGUCGCACGUCAAGGUACAAAUGAAGAAGAAAUUCAAAUCCUCCGCGAGGCGCCAAACACAUGGGGAUGUUACAGUGUUUUGAACGUUUUAUACUCUCUCAUUCAGAGAUCGCAGAUCAACGAGCAAUUAGCUGCCAUGAAGCGCAAUGAAGAGCCUAUGGCGGUCGCCGGUGAUUAUGGUUCGAAGUCCUUGUACAGAAUGCUCGGAUACUUCUCCAUCAUUGGAUUAUUGCGAGUUCAUUGUCUCCUCGGUGAUUUCAGUCUCGCCUUGAAGACACUUGACGAUAUCGAGCUUAACAAGAAGGCUAUGUUUGCGCGCGUCAUGGCCGCUCAUUUCACUACCUAUUACUAUGUAGGAUUCUCAUACAUGAUGAUGCGCAGAUACGCAGAUGCCAUCCGCAUGUUCAGCCACAUCUUGAUCUACGUUUCAAGAACCAAGAACUUCCAAAAGAACGCCCAGUAUGACUCAAUCUCCAAGAAGAACGAUCAAAUGUACGCUCUCAUUGCCAUCUGUGUGGCUUUCCACCCAACCCGUCUCGAUGAUACCAUCCACACUGCUCUCCGCGAGAAGUAUGGUGACCAACUCCUUAAGCUUCAACGCGGUGGACCUGAAUCUCUCCCAAUCUUUGAGGAGCUAUUCCGCUCUGCAUGCCCUAAGUUUAUCUCUCCUACUCCUCCUGACUUCGACAACCCAGAAUUAAACGUCGACCCUCUCGAGCACCAUCUAUCUAUCUUCAUGGAUGAGGUUAAGACGAACAUGUGGAGCCCAACUGUGAAGUCCUAUCUCAGGUUAUACACCACCAUGGAUGUAAAGAAGUUGGCUGGAUUCUUGGAGGUUGAACCUGAGAAGUUGAGGGGAUGGUUAUUAGUCAACAAGCAACGCAGCAGACAAAUUAGAUGGACUGAUAAUGGAUUGUUGGAUGGAGAAGUGGUCAACUCUAACGAUCUCGAUUAUGCCAUGCAAGGAGAUCUCAUUCAUAUUUCUGAAGCAAAGGUCGGCCGCAAAUUGGUGGACUGGUAUCUCAGAAACCUUGCUCGCACAUACUAAAAUACCUUUCAUGCAUCUCUCUUGACAAUAUUGCUUUCAACUCUAUGGCAUUGGUAUGGCGUACUGGGGGGUGGAAAAGACAAAUCCACGAAAUGGCUUGUCAAAAAUGGACGAAGGCGAGGAGCCUUACAAGUAGAUCAAAAUAAAUUAUGAAGUAAACCCCAUGUAUAUGUAUGCGUUGCUGUGCUAUUCCAGGGUGAGAGAGUAUCCAUGAUUUUACCAUCACAGUUGU